CUACUUCUUCUGGAACUCCCAAGAGGUUUCAAAACUCGCACUCUCCGCCACUUGGUUUUCAUCUGAGCAGAAGAAGGAGAAGGAGAAGGAGAAGUAAAAGGAUGUCGAUUCGAGUGCUGAAUCCGAAUGCGGAGGUGCUGAACAAAUCGGCGGCGCUGCACAUGAACAUCAACGCCGCCAAGGGCUUGCAGGACGUCCUCAAGACCAACCUUGGCCCCAAGGGCACCAUCAAAAUGCUUGUUGGCGGAGCCGGCGACAUUAAGCUCACUAAGGAUGGCAACACUCUGCUCAAAGAAAUGCAAAUUCAAAACCCAACAGCAAUUAUGAUUGCACGGACAGCUGUUGCGCAAGAUGACAUUAGCGGAGAUGGCACCACGUCUACUGUCUUGUUCAUUGGCGAGCUUAUGAAACAAUCAGAACGAUACAUUGACGAAGGGAUGCAUCCCCGUGUCCUGGUUGAUGGUUUUGAGAUCGCCAAAAGAGCAACGCUGCAGUUUCUUGAGAAAUUCAAAACUCCCGUGGUGAUGGGCGAUGAGCCUGACAAAGAGAUUUUGAAAAUGGUAGCUAGAACAACAUUGCGAACAAAGUUAUAUGAAGCAUUGGCAGAUCAAUUGACUGACAUAGUUGUUAAUUCGGUUCUUUGCAUCCGCAAACCUGAGGAGCCCAUUGAUCUGUUCAUGGUGGAGAUUAUGCACAUGCGACACAAAUUUGAUGUAGACACACGCUUGGUUGAGGGUCUUGUUCUCGAUCACGGUUCUAGGCAUCCUGAUAUGAAGCGGAGAGCAGAGAAUUGUUUCAUCUUGACAAGCAAUGUAUCUUUGGAAUAUGACAAAAGUGAAGUAAACUCAGGCUUUUUCUAUUCAAAUGCGGAGCAGAGAGAAGCAAUGGUUUUAGCUGAAAGGCGCCAGGUUGAUGAAAGAGUUAAAAAAAUCAUUGACCUGAAAAAUAAGGUUUGCUCUGGUAAUGAUAAUAACUUUGUUGUUAUCAAUCAGAAGGGAAUUGAUCCCCCAUCUCUGGACCUUCUUGCAAGGGCAGGGAUUAUUGCCCUGAGAGCAAAGAGGAGAAAUAUGGAACGGUUGGUU